AUGACUCGUCGAGAAGGCGAAUGGAUGCCUUCAGUAGAUAAAACUCGAGCCAUCGCCGACGAAACCGCCAACAUGAUGCCCGAAGUCUCCCGAAGGCAACGUCGGGAUCGACUCCUGCGACACAAGCAAACACUGCCUGCGAGACCUACGAAGCUGGAAGCUCUCAACCGCAAGCGCCUUGCGGUUGACGCGUCAAUUUGGAUAUACCAGUUCCUAAAAGCGGUGCGCGACAAGGAGGGGAAUGCGCUCCGCAACUCUCACGUCGUUGGCUUCUUCCGGCGCAUCUGCAAACUGCUGUAUUUCGGAAUCAAACCGGUGUUUGUAUUCGAUGGUGGCGCGCCUGUGCUGAAACGGCAGACGAUUCUGGGCCGGAAGCGAUGGAGAGAGGGAAGACGCGAUGAUGCGACUAGGACGGCGGGGAAGCUGCUUGCAAUGCAGAUGCAGCGGGUGGCGGAAGGGGCGGAGGAGAAACGGAAUCGAGAGAUUGAGGUUAGAGGCCGUCCUACAGAGGCUGUAGAGGGUGAGGAACUACCGGAUGAUCAGAACUUGGUCUACGUCGACGAAUUGGGCAUGAACCACCAGGAGAGGCAACAGAGCCGGAAGUUUGUGAAGAAGAACCAAUACCAUCUGCCGGAUUUGAAUGGUGAUAUUUCAAAUAUGGGACAGCCGAAUGAUCCUCGAAUUAUGUCUGCAGAAGAGCUGGAGGAGUUUGCAAGACAGCACAAUAGUGGGGAGAACGUGGACUUGUACGACUUCAGUAAAAUCGAUUUUGAUGGAGACUUUUUUAAGUGUUUACCGCCUGCUGACAGGUAUAAUAUCCUCAAUGCUGCGAGGUUGAGAUCCAGGCUCAGGAUGGGGUUGAGCAAAGAGCAACUCGAGGAGAUGUUUCCGGAUAGGAUGGCAUUCUCGAAAUUCCAAGUCGACCGAGUGAGGGAACGAAACGAAUUAACGCAGCGAUUAAUGAACUUGAAUGGGAUGAACGCCGAAGAGGCCAUGUUCGGCGUGGGCAAUGGUAGAAUUGCGGGCGAAAGAGGCCGGGAAUACAUGCUUGUGAAGAAUGAAGGAGUGGAGGGUGGAUGGGCGUUGGGUGUUGUUAGCAAGGAUAGAGACCAAGGGGAACGAAACAAGCCGAUAGACGUUGAUGCUUUGCAUGAACGAAGACAGGUUAAACCGACAGAUGAAGAGCUCGAGGAUGAGGAUGAGUUUGAAGAUGUCCCCGUCCAAGGACUCAAUCGGCUUCCCACGGAACAAGCGCGAUUCCAGCAACAAAUGGACCAAGUUAGGGCGCUCCAAUUGGCUGACGAGGAUGCUGCAAAAAAGGAUCAAGCUCCAACAAACUCUCUUUUCGUAGAACAAGACGAGGCCGAAGACUUGUUCGAAGAGAGCGAGCAAGUCGACGAAGAGGAAGAGCUGAAUCGUGCGAUUGCGAUGUCGUUGCAGAAAAGCUUUGCGGCUGGGGAAUCUGAAGAAGAAGACGAUUUCGAAGAUGUUCAGAUGCCCUCAUAUGAGCAGAAGUCAGCUAAAGACUACCGGCCACUUCAAAAGAGUAGUGGGAAUGGAAUGAUCCAUAUUGUCAAUAACAGGGCUAAUGCUGCGGUGCCAAAGCGCAUGGCUGCCGAGAGCAGCGACGAGGAGGAGAACCUGCAGGAUAUUCUUGCUACAGCGAGGAAGCAGAAGGGGGUUGCUGGGAAGAUGGCGCCAUCAGCACCUACCUCUUCACUGAGCGCUGCUGCGAAUCCGUUUGGCGGGCCUCUACCAUUUGAGAAACUCGAUUUGAAGAAAUCCAUAUUCAGUGGAUAUGCCAAGGCCCGCCCUAACAAAGCCAAAAGUACUGAAAAGGAAAAGGAUAAUGAAGAUUUGGCUGGGGGAUUUGAGCGUGAGGGUAGCGUCGAAAAAGCAAGACCACUUCCACCGUGGCUAGCCAGCACGGGGGAUAUCCGGUCCGAUGUGAAAGAGCAGAUGGCCAAAGAUCAGCGAGUGAACGCUGCAGAUUAUGAGAGGCGUUUGGAAGAGGAGAAAAUAUAUAGGCGCGAUCAUGGCGUCAUUGAGAUCGAGUCUUCAGAUGAAGGCAGUGACAUUGAGAUCGUUGAAGCGCCGGCACCAAAGGUCGCCGCUGCAGACGGAAGGUUAUCACCCUCCGACAAGGCGAAACCCGAGCAAGAUUCUAUUGCCAGCAUAAGUAAUAAGCCGGCUGACAUGUCUCAACAACACGCUGAAAAAAGCACCCCAGCUGUGCUGGAAGACAGAGGCGAGGAGGCAAACUUGCCUUCAGAAGAGGAGCCCGUUGAAUGGUCAGAAAGUGACCGAGACGAGCCCUCCGGAAAACUACGACGGAGUGAGAGUUCUGGAUUGCCCAGGGAAGUUCCACCAUCGAAGGCUCCGGCCCAUGAAAAGAGCCCCUCCCCUACAUUUGAGGAUGUCGAAUUGAACGGACCAAUGCCAACAGCGGUGCCUCCCACUCUCCAAGGACAAGACGAUAUCUUUGCCGCAGAGAAUGACGACGCUUUUGACCGCCAGGCUGCCCAUACAAUUUCUGAUGAUGAAUUUGGCGACUUGAGCGACCCCGAAGACGAAGAACUACUUGCACAUCUUGCCCUCGAAGCAGAAGAGCACGCACGUUUUGCCAGUAGCCUCAACAACAAGGCUCCACAGGUUAACCAAGAAGACUACGAGCGAGAGCUCAAACAACUUCGCAACCAGCAAAAGAAGGACCGUCGUGAUGCAGACGAGGUAUCUCAUAUCAUGGUCACAGAGUGCCAAGCACUUCUCCGUCUGUUCGGGCUGCCAUACAUCACAGCCCCCAUGGAAGCCGAAGCCCAAUGUGCCGAGCUCGUCACACUCGGCCUAGUCGACGGAAUCAUCACCGACGAUUCGGACGUCUUCCUCUUCGGCGGCACGCGAGUCUACAAAAACAUGUUCAACAGCAACAAAUUCGUCGAAUGCUACCUCGCCUCCGACCUCGAAAAGGAGCUCUCCCUCCCCCGCGACAAACUCAUCGAAUUCGCUCAUCUCCUAGGCAGCGAUUACACCGAAGGACUCCCUGGAAUCGGCCCCGUCACAGCCUUGGAAAUCAUCUCCGAAUUCCCGUCCUCCGACGGUCUUCAGGAGUUCAAAGACUGGUGGUACGACGUGCAGCAUAACCAACGCCCCAAGGAAGCAGAUAGCACCUCUUCCUUCCGGAGGAAAUUCCGGAAAUCUCAAGCCUCGAAGCUCUUCCUGCCCCCCGCCUUCCCGAGCAAGGCAGUCACAGAAGCAUACCUCCACGCCGACGUAGAUAGCACGCCUGACCCCUUCCAAUGGGGCGUCCCGGACCUGGAUAACUUGCGCUCCUUCCUCAUGGCUACGAUAGGGUGGACACCAGAGUGCACGGAUGAAGUCCUCGUCCCUGUCAUCCAGGACAUGAAUCGCCGUGAAGCGGAGGGGACGCAGGCGAAUAUCACGCGGUACUUUGAUGGUGCUGUUGGGGCGGGCGCGCGGUCUGGUGGGGUGGGAGCGAAUAGGGGGAAGGGGAGUAAGAGGAUGAGUGCUGCGGUGAGGAAGCUGAAGACGGCGGGGGCUGGGGGGUUGGAUAGGACGUUUGCGGAUGAGGCGGCGGAGUGGGCGAGGAGGAAUGAGUUGAGUGAGGCGGCGCAGGUGGCGAAGCAGGUGAAGAAGGGGAGGGGUAGGAAGAGAGGGGUGAGGGAGGAUGGGGGGGAGGCGGAUGAUGAGGGUGUGGAGUAUGGGGAUGGUGAGUCUGGUGAUGCGGAGGUGCAGACGAAGAGUAAGAGGGUGAGAACAUCUAGAGGGGGGAAAGCCUAGGCUGCCGGGAUGGGUUUAUAUUUGUUGACAUAUAUGAGAGAUUGGUAAUAGACCACAAUAAUACCCACAGCUUUGGAAGCUGGAAAUGUUUUCAUAAGCGC